AUGAUGCUGGUGGUGCCCCUGCAGAUGCUCAUGUCUGUGGUCGUCCUGUCGAUGAUAUUCGUGAAGCCGUCCCUCCUGGAGACGCUGAUGCCGAACGUCGUGGAGAAGACCUUCGCGGUGGAGCUGGAGAUGUCCAUGCAGAUGCUCAUGACUGUUGCCGUCCUGCCGUUCCUGACGGACUGGGUGCGGACGGUGACGCUGUUCCUGGGCUUCCUGGGGGUCGUGUCGAUGAUUUUCGUGAAAACGUCCUUCCUGGAGGCGCUGACGCCGAACGUCGUGGAGAAGUCCUUCGUGAUGGUGCUGGUGUUGUCCCUGCAGAUUCUCAUGACUGCGGUCGUCCUGUCGAUGCUCAUCGUGAAGACGUCCUUCCUGGAGAUGCUGAUGCCAAACGUCGUGGAGAAGACAUUCGUGGUGGAGCUGGAGCUGUCCCUGCAGAUGCUCAUGACUGUGGUCGUCCUGCCGAUCACGCUGAUCAUCCUCGUGAAGUCGACCUUCCUGGAGAUGCUGGCGCCGACCGGCGUGGAGAUGACCUGCCAGGUCGUCCAGUCCUGCUUCCCGAGCCUGUUGGUUGCGAUCUUCGUAGGGAAUCGGGUCGUGCCGCUCCUCUUCCUGUACCUGGUCGCGCAGAUCGUGUGGUACCGUUGGAGGUGCGGUUCCCAGUGGGAUGCUGCGUCGUAG